CCAACCCCCGGUGCAUUUCGCCUCACCGACCUCCCCCUUUUGGCUACCACAGCAACCUAGUUACCAAUUUCCCUCAGUAACUGUGCCUGCAACAUUUCAGCCAUUCACUUCCAUGGCUGCACUUGGUACUAACUGGCAACCGUCUCCUAUGACUGGAGGAACCUUCUCAAGAAGCCAACAUCAUGUCCCAAAUAUCUGUUACCAUUUUAGGCCAAACCUGGUUUUCCAGGUCCUUGGGAGCCCUCUUCUUGGUGGACUCAUGGUCAACAAACUCAGCCAUCUUUAAGCUAUACUUUCCCAGGAUCCUAUGCCUGCUUUUCUUCAGAACUGCCACCAUUGACGAAUUGCUCAGCGACCUUCGGAGAGUCCUCUCAAAGGGGGAUUAUCGGCCAACAGAAAACGUUUCUCAGAAGCACCAACAACUUUGGGAAGCUCAAUUAAUGGAGAAUGUUCAGCUAUGGAGAAUAAUUGGUCAAUUGCAAUCAGAAAUAGCUGAUUACGAGGGUCGAUUAAUAAAGCUCGAAGCUGAAGUUUCAUCUCUGAAGCCAUCUGUCGAUGAGCCUUCGGUUCAAGUUGUCCGGACUGGUUUAUCUGGAGCAGAAUCAAAGAGGGGGAGACCAAAGAGGUCAGUUGCUUUUGCAAGUGCGUCUGCUUCUCCUGAUGAGUCUCAUCCUCAAGCAAGAGGUCAAAAGCCUGCAGCAAAUAAAGUUCGAUCCGAGCCUCGAGUUCUUGUAUAUGAGAAAGUUGUUCUGAACAAGGUGGAAAAGAUAGCUCAGUCCACUUCGAGUACCGGGAAAGACAACAGCGAGAAGAUCCCAUUUGUUACCACAAAUAAUAGUAUUGACUUGGAGUGUAAUGCAAGUAAUUUGCCAAUUCUUGCAUCCCACAUCCAAGCUCAUCAGGCAAGUCCCGGCAUCCAAAUUUUUGGAAUGACCAAUUCCUCUUUAGAAAUGAAAGAACAUGGUGAUAAGGUAGAUAAUUCUAUUUCUAUAGCUUCCCAACAAGCUAAACAAAACAACGGUGUUUCAGCUAGGCACAUGGGAGGGAUAAAUGGUGAUCAAACUCUGACUGUGCCUGCAAGUUUCAGAACCGAAGAGCCUCGGAGAAACAUAUAUAAUCAAAUUUAUAUGAGAAUGUUUAUCUGAUGAGACAAGAAGGAAAACUCAUCCCGGGAUGGAGUUUCGUGAAUGAAGAGGAUGCUUCAGAUGAGCUUGAAGAUGCAGUAGUGGCUUGUGCAAAUGAUGAAAAGGAAGAGGAAAUGGGGGAUGAUGUGAGCUCAGGAUCUGAAGGAAUUGCUCAAAC